UGAAACUUGAGCUGCCAAUGACAACUUCAACAUCUGCCUUUCACCCCUCACCCUUCUUCCUCAGAUAGCCAUAGUCUCAGAGCUGCAGUGUGAUCACUGUUUGGAGAACUCCAUUUCUUCCAUUGGCUUUCAUGGAAGGAGUACUUGAAGUCCCAGAAUACUAUCUCUGUCCUAUAUCUCUUCAGAUGAUGAGGGAUCCGGUGACCGUCACCACCGGCAUAACGUACGAUCGGGAGAGCAUCGAGCGGUGGUUGUUCUCCGGCAAGCACCGCGACUGCCCCGUCACCAAGCAACCGCUGCCCCCGGAGCUCGACCUCACACCGAACCACACUCUCCGUCGGCUGAUUCAAGCGUGGUGCGUGGAGCACGCGUCCGACGGCGUGGAGCGGUUCCCGACUCCCCGUCCCACGGUCGACAAGUCCCAGAUCGCCGCCAUCCUCGAUGAGGUCGUGAUUCCGCAGACGCGGAUGAGCGCUCUCCAAAGGCUGAAAAGCGUCGUGUUGGAGAGCGAUCGCAACCGACGGUUCGUCGAGGAAUCCGGUGCGGCUGAUCUCUUGGUCUCGAUCAUAAGAGAACAAGAGGAAUGCAAUGAUGGCGAUGAAGCUCUGGCUAUCUUGUGCUCCCUUCAGAUCUCGGGAGAACGCCUACUCGAUCUGCUUCGAAGGAACGACGAUCUCAUCGGAACGCUAACGUCGAUCUUGAGCCAACGGAACGACCAGUCGCAAGCCUACGCCCUCCUCCUCCUCAAAUCUCUGGUCCCUGUCAUGUCCCCGUCCAAAAUGUCAGAUCUGAGAGAGGAGUUCUUCUCCGGGAUCGUGAAGGGGCUGCAGGACAAGGUCUCGAGACAGGCCACCAAGGCCGCGCUGCAGAUUCUCGCCGGCGUUUGCUGCUGCAAGAGGAACAAGGUGAAGGCGGUGCGAGCCGGAGCUGUCUUCGUCCUGAUCGAGCUGUUGCUGGGUGAGACCGAGAGGAGGAGGUGCGAGAUGCUGCUGGCGGUGCUGGACCAGCUCUGCGGGUGCGCCGAGGGGCGGGCGGAGGUGGUGGCGCACGCGGCGGGGAUCUCCGUGGUCUCGAAGAAGAUACUCCGGGUUUCGAAGCUGGCGAGCGCCAUGUCGGCGAGGAUACUGUGCUCGGUGGCGAAGCUGUCGCCGUCGCCGCCGGUGCUGCAGGAGAUGCUGCAAGUGGGGGCGGUGUCCAAGCUGUGUUUGCUGCUUCAGGUGGACUGUGGAGUGAGGCUCAAGGAUAAGGCGCAGGAGAUACUGAAGCUGCACUCUAGGGUUUGGAGGAGCUCUCCCUGUUUGCCACCUCUGUUGCUGGCUUCCUAUCCAUGACUCCAUCGAAUGACUUGAGAAAACUCUUCUUCUCCACUUCAUUCUCUACAUAAAUCGUAUGCUUAUUUCCAUUAACUAUGGAUAGUAUUCAUGUUUCCAAUGCAUUAAAAUCAGUACUAUAAGAAUGGAUGGGUCUGUUUUAAUUAUUCUACGGCAAUAAUUAAUCUUUUCGAA